UCCAACAAAUCAAAAUGUGACUGGUGAUGUUCUGGGUCCUUCUUGCAACGUUGCUGAUUUUUUUUUUAUUGCUCUGUGACUUGUCGAAUCAAUUGUUCGCUCCAGCCCUCUAUAUUUAGCGACUGAGGAACCCUCUUUUUCUUUCCACACUUUUUCUUCUACUUUGAAAGAUAUGCACAAAAGCAAGUCUGUCAGAUUACAGGAUUUUGAGGAGAGCGAGAGUCUCAUGGACAGUGAGUAUGCCUCUCCAACAUGCUGUUAGUAUUACAUGACAACUUAUUUUCGAAACCGGAAAAUCAAAAACCGAACAGAUCCUGGCCCUAAACCGGAAGACCCUUACUUUUCUAUCCCAAUGGAUAGUUAUAAUAGUAGUCAGUACGAAAUUCCAGAGCGCGUAUCAACAACUCGAGCCGAGGUGGAGGAAAAAAACGAGGGCGACCUCGGUAUGGUCAGGUCCAAAACAGCACCGGAGCAGCUUAAUACGAUAAGCGAGAAAGCCGAACCGGAACCUGUACUAGAGGAGGUCGCGGAUGGUGUCCUCUCCAGUGACAGCGAGUUUGAUUGGAAUGCGGAUCCCAACGAAGCAGAAAAGCCAAAAAGACGUCGCACUACCAGAGAAAAGAUCAAAUCGGUCAUGCAGCGACCAUGCUGCUGGCACUACCUCUCGCCUUUUUCCAAGCGAUUUCUCAUCGGCUUUGUCGGUUCGUGCUUGUUUGUGGGCGUUGCCAUGCUCGCACACUUUUUACUUCCGUACCCUUCGGCCGAAGAGGAAGCGACACCGACCUUUUUGAAUAUCAGAAACAAUGUCCAAUGCUGGAUGUAUUGGUCCGCCAUCAUGUGGAUCAUUGGUUGGUUCACUACCAUCUUCGUAGAAGCUCUUCCUUCUGUCGUCAGUAUGUGGGUGAAGGUGUUCAUGGGCCGAAGAAGUGAGAUGGUCAAAUCACAGCUCGAGUACUAUAUGAGUAUGAAGAAAUAUCUCAAGAUUCUACUGGUAGCUGCCUGGAACUGGGGAUGUUGGGCCUUCCUGCUGCAAGUCCCAUUUCAGUCAGUGCAAAAGCAGGCUUACACUGACGUUAUUUGGAAAGUGUUCGCUUCCAUCUUCUUCCUUACGGUGUUUUUGUUCAUCCAAAAGGGCAUUGUGCAAAUUAUUGCCAUUAAAUUCCACAAGGUUGCUUACAAUGAUCGUCUCAAGGAAAAUCGAUAUGCCUUGAAAAUCUUGGAUCGUCUGAGUAAAGCGGAAAGAAGAUCUCGUACCAACACCAAUACCCCUAACUCCGCUUCCCAAAGUGGUAUGCGAAAUCGUCGACCCGCCUAUUCUCGUUAUUCCAGCUACGACCAAGGCAACUUGACCGAUGAUGCUCACAACUACUCAUACAGCGAUCAUGAUACCCCUAACAAGCGCUCAUCUGCCUCUACACCUGUGGUCUUUUCCCAACUACAAAAGAAAUUGCAAAAUAUCGUAUUGACAGAUACUCCGGACGCACGAUCUCGCAUUCAAGACUCCAAGGUUGAUAUCAAUUCCGAAGACUUUGCAAAGAAGGUCGCUCGCAAAUUGUUUACUUCACUUGGUCCCAACAAGAAGAGAUUGACGUUGAUAGAUUUUGAGCCAUAUUUCGCCACUGUGGAAGAAGCCGAAAAAGCGUUUGCUGUGUUCGACAAAGAUGGAAAUCAUGAUCUGUCUCGUAGAGAAAUGCGUGAUACCGUGUUGUCCAUUUACAAGGAAAGAAAGGCUCUAGCACAAUCCGUUCGCGAUACCAGCCAAGCUCUUGGAAAGGUCGAUGCUAUGUUGCUGAUGGUCAGUUCCAUUGCUACUAUCUUUACUACCUUGACUAUCUUUAGCGUCGAUGUCUGGAAGAGUUUGGUACCCUUCGGAUCCGCGUUGGUGGCUCUUGCCUUCGUUUUCGGCAACACUGCAAAGAAUACCUUUGAGAGUAUCCUCUUCCUUUUCGUCACUCAUCCUUAUGAUGCAGGUGACUAUGUUGUCAUUGACACACAGACUUUGCUGGUGGCCAACAUGGGCAUCAUGUCCACUACCUUUGUUCGAACAGACGGUCAAGAGAUUAAUGCACCUACCACUGUCCUUAUGACAAAAUUCAUCAACAACAUCCGUCGCUCUGGUAACAUGGGAGAAUCCAUUUAUAUCGACGUUCACUUCAACACCCCAACGGAGAAGAUCCAUGAACUCUCUACUCGGUUGCAAGAAUUUUUGACUGUCAACUCCAGAGACUUCCAGCCUGGAUUCAAUAUUAAAAUCAAUGAGAUCGUUCAGCUGAACACUUUGAAUCUGCUGCUUUAUAUCGAGCAUAAGGGUAACUGGCAAGAUGGUGGCAAACGUUGGGAGCGACGUACUCGCUUUAUGUAUGCCCUCAAGGAUGCGCUUCAAGAUUUGGAUAUCAAAUACAGUCUCCCAACACAAAACAUCACUACGUCUCCCCAUACUGAAACGAUUCUUGCAGAAACACCACAAAGCUUUUCAUCUGACCUUCCUCGCCCACGUCACCGUCAACGAACUGCCGAAACUUCCUUCCCAGGCAUUGACGGGUAAUCAUACCAGCGUAGCAUUUCCAUUUUUUUCUCUCACAUCAAGU